AACUCUUGAGAAUCCAAUUCCCCUUCUCUUGCCCAUACAGUUCCCAAAAGAAGGAGAAGAAGAAGACUCACACCAUUUUCUUCAUCAUCUGGAAGGAGAGAAGAACUGCAAAGCUCUUCAAAAAUUGGAUAACACCCCCCAAUUCUGUUCUAUCAGAACUUGUAGUAGUUUCCAGAAAGUGGAGUGAAGAUGAACGAUCUCAUGACGAAAUCGUUCUUAAGUUAUGUGGAAUUGAAGAAACAAGCCCAGGUGGAUCUUGAAACAGAGAGGGAUUUGGAGAUGGGCCAACUCAGCCGCACAGAUGAAGACAAUCUUUCCAACUUCUUCCAUGAAAUCGAGACAGUGAAAGUUGACAUUCAAGAGAUUACUAAUCUCUUGAUUGAUCUUCAAAAUCUGAAUGAAGAGACUAAGACCACUCACGGCCCCAAAGUUCUUCGUGGCCUUAGAGAUAGAAUGGAUUCAGACAUGGUUUCUGUCCUCCGCAAAGCCAAGAUUGUCAAGGCAAAACUUGAAUCACUCGACAAAUCAAAUGUGGCUAAUCGCAAAUUAUCAAUGGCAUAUGCAGAAGGCACUGUGGUUGAUCGAACGAGAGUUAAUAUGACCAAUGGAUUGAGGGUCAAGCUUAGGGACAUUAUGAAUGAGUUUCAGGCUUUAAGAGAGAAAAUCAUAUCAGAUUACAAAGACUGCCUUAGAAGGAGAUAUUAUAACGAGACGGGUCAGGAGCCAACAGAGGAAGUGAUUGAGAAGAUGGUGUCAGGAGGAAGUGGGAAAGUUGAAAUAUUUGCAGGAAAGACAGAGAUGAAUGUGGAGGAGAAAGAUAGGCAUGAGGCUGUAAUGGACAUACAGAAGAGCCUGGAGAAACUUCAUCAAGUAUUUCUUGAUAUGGCUGUUUUAGUUGAGACACAAAGUGAACAGAUUGAUGAUAUUGAGCGCAAUAUGGCUACUGCUGGAAGUUUCAUCAGUGGUGGAACUAACAGUCUUUUCUAUGCUAAGCAGCACCAGAAGAAGAGAGUGACUUGGGUAUGUUGGGUUUUGGCUGUGGUGUUUAUCAUUUUGAUGGUUUGUUUCAUUGCUAUGUUGAUCUCUUGAUAAUACCCAAUUUCAUUUUAGUUUCUGCUUUGUGAGGCAACAGUUUUUAGUAUUCGGCUCUGUAAUUACUCUCGUUUGGCCUUUCUGAGCUUGAGCACUUUUACCAUUCUAAGAGAUAGUUGGAAAUGUUUUGAAUGCAACAAGCAUAAUGUAGGA